AUGGCACUACUUACAGACCUCAUCAACCUUGACCUCUCCGACAUCACAAAGAAGGUGAUUGCUGAGUACAUAUGGAUUGGUGGAUCUGGUAUGGAUUUAAGAAGCAAAGCAAGGACUCUUUCCGGGCCGGUCGACCAUCCCUCAAAGCUUCCAAAGUGGAACUAUGAUGGAUCGAGCACAGGCCAGGCUCCUGGAGAAGACAGUGAAGUGAUCCUAUAUCCUCAAACAAUUUUCAAAGAUCCAUUCCGAAGGGGAAAUAAUAUAUUGGUCAUGUGCGAUGCUUACACUCCGGCUGGUGACCCUAUUCCAACGAACAAGCGGCACAGCGCAGCCAAGAUUUUUAGCCAUCCCGAUGUUGAGGCUGAAGAACCAUGGUACGGUAUUGAGCAAGAGUACACCCUUUUGCAAAAGGACGUUAAGUGGCCCAUUGGAUGGCCCCAGGGAGGUUAUCCUGGACCUCAGGGCCCUUACUACUGUGGAAUUGGAGCUGACAAAGCUUUCGGACGUGACGUUGUAGACGCACAUUACAAGGCAUGCAUUUAUGCAGGAAUUAACAUAAGCGGCAUCAAUGGAGAAGUGAUGCCCGGUCAGUGGGAAUUCCAAGUUGGACCUUCUGUUGGCAUCUUGGCUGGUGACGAGUUGUGGGUAGCUCGUUACAUCCUGGAGAGGAUUACCGAGAUUGCUGGGGUGGUAGUAUCAUUUGAUCCCAAGCCAAUCCAGGGUGACUGGAAUGGAGCCGGUGCCCACACAAACUACAGCACCAAGUCUACGAGGAAAGAAGGCGGCUUUGAAGUCAUCAAGAAGGCUAUUGAAAAGCUUGGACAUAGGCACAAGGAACAUAUUGCUGCAUAUGGCGAAGGCAAUGAACGCCGUCUCACUGGAAGACAUGAAACUGCUGAUAUAAACACAUUCAAAUGGGGGGUUGCAGACCGUGGUGCAUCAGUCCGUGUUGGUCGGGACACCGAGAAAGAAGGCAAGGGAUACUUCGAGGAUAGGAGGCCUGCUUCUAACAUGGACCCAUACACUAUCGGCCGGAGAAUCACCGGAAACAGUAAACUUGGAGGGAAAAGUCAGAUGGAUGCUGAUGGAACAUCUCAAAAUCUGAACAAAAACUCUGCAAGGUGGGAUGAGUUUGCUAAACUUAAGUUUGUUGAAUUGUGUGAAGAAGAGAUUUCCAAAGGAAAUCGACCUCGAACCUACUUAUCAAAGGAUGGAUGGGAUAAUUUAGUUAGAAGAUUUAAGAUCAUGACUGGCAGGAGCUAUAACAAGAAACAAAUGAGAAAUCAUUGGGAUUCAAUAAAAUUGGAGUGGUGUCUUUUUAAAGAUCUGAUGCGAGGACAGACUGAAAUUGGCUGGGACGAGGCAAGGAAAACAAUUGUUGCUGAUGACAAGUGGUGGGAAGAAAGGAUUCAGGUGAACGAGAAAUUCAAAAGAUUCAGAAAUAGAGAUUUAUCUUUAAUAUGUAGAUACGACGUCCUAUUUUCUGACGUUGUAGAUACUGGAGCUAGGCCACGUACACCCAAUGGUCGGUUUUAUGUAGGGGGACCGAAGAAAGAGGCUGUAUAUGAUGAAGUUGAAGGUAGUGGUAAUAAUGACGAGUGCUUAAAGUUGAUAGUAGCCGGGCAAUCAAGGGAAAAUCCUGAAAACUACAUGCUUCCUGCAGCCGGGCAAUCAAGGGAAAUUCAUGAAAAUUGCAUGCUUCCAGCAGCUGGGCAGUCAAGGGAAAAUCCUGAAAAUAUCAUAUUUCCCUUAGCAGGGCAAUCAAGGGAAAAUCAUGAAAAUUGUGUAUUUCCCUUAGCAGGGCAAUCAAGAGAAAAUCGUGAAAAUUACAUGUUACCAUCUUCCUCGUUUGCAAAAAGAAAAUCAAGCAUCAGGUCAGAAACAAGGAAAUCGACGUCUUCCUCAUUACGGGAUGACAUUGAGAACCUCGCGAAUUUGAUCUCUGCCAAAAUUAGUGGUGCUGGACCCUCCAUCGAGGAAUGCUUGGGCUUACUACGCAAGAUUGAUGGACUUGCCAUCGGAAGUCCAACAUAUUUCUACGCUUGCAACUUCCUUUGUAACAAAGAAAAUAGGGAAAUGUUUGUUGCAAUUGGAGAUGCUACAGCACGAUACAAUUGGAUUAUGUAUAACUAUAGUAUCUCGAAAUCAAACAAUCCAGGGUUGCCAUGA